AUGAGCUCCCGCGUCCAGUACCUUCGUGCCUCGAAGCAGGCCAAGCCUCUGCGCAAGCCGUUCCACGCGCGCAAGGCCGCCGAGGCUGCUGAGCGCGCCGCCCGCGCUGCCAUUGAGGAGGUCAAGGCCCAGACCCGCGCCGAGGCCGAGGAGGCCCGCGCCAAGCGUGUCGAGCGCCAGACUCGUCGCAUUGACAACGAGAAGAAGUCCAUGGUGGUCCAGGCG